AUGGGUCGCUGCAAGAAGACGCUGCUGGCGCUCGUAGCGCUCGCCUUCCUCGCAGGCCGCGUACACGGUACUCCGGCCUUGGCCAGCGACUGCACCUCGGACGCCGACUGCCCCGAUGGCACGGGCUGCAUCACGGUCAAGCAUGCGUCGUACAACCCAAGCGCCGUCUUGAGCAAGUGCACGCCCAAGCAACUCUGCCGCGGCAGCAGCGUCGGCAACUGCCCGAGCUUCAACGCGCCGUCGGCGCCAGGCGGCUACCUCCAGACGCAGUGCCGCUGGGACGACGACGACGGGCGCCGGCUUUUAACCAACGGAACGACAAGCGACUCGACAAUCACAAGCCAGAGCAACCUACCAGCCGACAGCUCCGACUGCUUCCAGUGCUACCGCGACCCGCUGCCGCCCAAGGGCUCGACGGGGUACUACGCGGGGCAGUUCUUUUGCGUACCGCAGCAAGAGUGCAAGACGUCGAGUGCCUUCCCGCUAGCCUGCAACAGCGGCAACCUGUGCAACUCGGGUCUCAACGAGCUCUGCAACCUUCACGGCACGUGCACGCCCCUCGAUAUCAACGACCCGAAAAGCUCGUACGGCUGUGCGUGCAAUGCCGGCUUCUCGGGCGGUCAAUGCGAAAACGUCGUCAGCAGUGCCUGCCUCUUUGACUGCGGCGACGGCAACACGAAAGGCACGUGCAUUGACGGCCAAUGCGUCUGCAAGAAGGGCUGGAGUGGCCCGCAGUGCACGCAGUGCACGUCCGACACUGCUUGCGGCGGUGGCAUUUGCAACACGGGCUCGGGCCAGUGCUCGUGCCUCACCAACACGACGACAGCGUACCAGCGCAUCUCCAACGUCUGCUACCCCGGGGGUGCAAUGGCAAGCACGAUCGACGCGUGCACCGGUGUCGUUUGCGGCGCGCUGGGCGCUUGCCAAGCCGGUGCGUGCGUCUGUGCACGCGGCUGUGCCGGAACGAUCUGCAAGCCGUGCGCGGACCUCUCGUGUCGCUCGUGCAGCAGCCCGGCGGUGGCCCUUCGCCCGUCGCUCGGCUUCGCUGCCUCGAUCCUGCUUGCGGUCCUUGCCUAUCUUCGUGUCUAA